CGUCAGAGAAUUUAAAGUUAUCUCAAAUUUUUUCUUUUUAGUUCUUACUUCCAAUUGACCGGCUCUGUAAAAUUUUCAUCUUUGCGGAUUCGAUUCGAUUCAAUUCGAUUCCUCUCCACACGAGGGGAAGAGAGAACAUUCAUUAGAACUAGGGCUAACAAUUGUGUGUUUAGAGAGAGAAAGAUAGAGAGAGAGAUAGAGAAUGGGGCGAAAGAAGUUGGAGAUGAAGCGAAUCGAAGAUAAGAGCAGUCGACAAGUGACGUUCUCGAAGAGACGGAAUGGAUUGUUCAAGAAAGCUCGAGAACUCUCCAUUCUCUGCGACGUCCAGGUCGCUCUUGUCAUCUUUUCCAGCCGUGGCAAGCUCUACGAGUUCUGUAACGACAACAGUUUGGACAAGAUUAUUCAGCGUUAUCACAGCCACUUUGGUGAAGAUGAAAAGGUCUCCAGAUCUGUAAAUGAAGCAGAGAAUUGUGCAAGUAUCCGGACAAGUGCAGAGCUACUGCAAAUAGUCAAAAGGCACCUGGAUGAACCAAGUGCUGAGCAGUUUAGUGUGACAGACCUCGUGCAAUUAGAGGAACAACUUGGUGCUGCUCUAAUGCAAAUAAGAUCUAGAAAGACACAGUUAAUGAGGGAGUCCGUAUUGGUCUUCCAUGAAAAGGAAAAAAUGCUGAGAGAACAGAAUGAGCUUCUCGAGAAGGAGAUUGCUGCAAUGAAAAACAAUGUCAACAAAAUGAACAAGGUAGUGGAAGGGUUUACCGACACGGCAAACGACGGCCGUAUGGAUCAUUGUCCACCAGAGCCAGCACUUCCUUUUCUUUGAGUAGAUAUGGAUGCACUGCAUACUUAUAGAGGUUAUUCAGGUGGGAUUGAAUGAAUGAGUACCAUCCCAAGUCCACACAAGUAAGUAUGCAACUAUUUCUGAAAUCUACUUGUACCCUUUGCUAGAAAAAUGGUUCUCCAUGGAUCUGCUCUUUACUUGUCUUCUCAUCUUGAUGAUUGGGUGUAAUAAAAUCUGUUUUUAUCGUUCUUGUAUUCUUAUUAGCAUGUGAGAUUAAAAAACAAAUGUGUGAUUUAUUAAUAUUUGUGUAAGGAGAGCUAUUGUCCAAUCUUAUGGGCCUCAAAAAGCUCUUAUUCGUCCUAUGGUUAGUAUUUAGUUUAUUAUAAUCUCAGUUUUUCUUAA